AUGGCCACCCUGUCCAUCUGCUCCAGCGCCCUGAGCUCCUCCUGGCAGGUGGACGACUGCCCAGAGAGCUGCUGCAUCCCCUGCCGCGCCCCCAGCGGCUGCGCCCCGGCCCCCUGCCUGACCCUCGUCUGUGCCCCAGUGAGCUGCGUGUCCAGCCCCUGCUGCCAACCAGCCAGCACCAGCCCCUGCACGGCCUUGUGCUGCCAGCAGUCUAGCUGCCAGCCCCCCUGCUGCACCUGCUCCCCCUGCCCCCAGGCCUGCUGUGUGCCCGUCUGCUGCAAACCUGCAUGCUGCACACCUAUCUGUUGUACACCUGUCUGCUGCAAGCCCGUCUGCUGCACACCUGUGUGCCGCGAGCCCGUGUGCUGUGAGGCCGCCCCCUGCUCAGCCCCCUCGUGCUGCCAGCCCACCCCCUGCUCGUCCUCCCACAGACCCUCUUCCUCCGCGUCCCUGCUCUGCCGCCCCGUGUGUCGCCCUGCCUGCUGUGUCCCCAACCCCUCCUACCAGCCCAGCUGCUGCUGCCCGGCCUCCUGUGUGUCCCUGCUCUGCUGUCCCGCGUGCUCCCACCCUGCCUGCUGCAUCCCUGCCUCAGGCAUCACCUCUGAAGGAGGCAACCUCGGGUCAAGAAGGGCAAUUUGCUCAGCCGAGGAGUGUGGGGUGCACAGCGUGUGCCGAAAGGCACUUGAGUUUGGCCCCCCUGCCCCCACCACGGCCGCGUCCACCCUGUCCGUCUGCUCCAGCGCCUGCACCGGCUCCUGCUGGCAGGUGGACGACUGCCCGGAGAGCUGCUGUGAGCCCCCCUGCUGCACCUGCUCCCCCUGCCAGCAGGCCUGCUGUGUGCCCGUCUGCUGCACACCUGUGUGCUGCACACCUGUCUGUUGUACACCUGUCUGCUGCAAGCCUGUGUGCUGCGAGCCUGUGUGCUGUGAGGCCGCCCCCUGCUCAGCCCCCUCGUGCUGCCAGCCCACCCCCUGCCCCUCGUCCCGCCACAGACCCUCCUCCCCCGUGUCCCUGCUCUGCCGCCCUGCCUGCUGCGUCCCCGCCUUGGGCAUGUCCUGCUGCUGA